UGUAUCGCAUGCAAUAGUUGAGUGGCUUCAUCACUUUAUGUUAUUGGUGAAUGAAAUGUAAUAGGAAUUCCUAACGGGAUUUGCUAAGUAGGCAGCCCGUCCACCAUCUGGUCAUUAAUUAAUUUCGCUUAAUUGAUGGACGCCUACUUGAAUGGCAUGUCUAUAUUUAGACUAGACUACAUCCGUAAACAUAUUUUGAUUAAGAUUUUUUUUUGCGUUUAGGGGAAGAGAAAAGACGUGCGUUUAUUGGGGAUUUACGUAAAUGCACUGAUCGCAAAGUCUGGGGCAAAGACGCGCACGUAUCUGUUCGAUUCGAAGGACGUUAAUGAAUGUAAACACGGGCACGGCGAGGAGGAGGUGUUCGCGUUAUCACCCCGAUUUUAUCCCUCUCCAACGCCGGUGCUGAGGCUCUAUCAUCAUAGUCGUCGCUCGACCUUUGCCCCGUUUUCGUAUGUCUAACGAUCGGACGAUCGGCGAUUAGUAACGCACAGUCGUAGGAUCCGGCCGUACAGCCGCAUCGAAGACUCGAAACGGAUCAAGUGUGAGAGCUGCAGAUACGCACCGCGAAUGGGCAGUCUUGGUGGUGGUGCUAUGGUAACGAGAGGUGGUUCGGUCGGGUGCAUCGAGAGCAUCUCCUGGAUCGACGCGCUGCAGAUACACACCGUCGCCGUGAUCUUUGGCCUCUGGAUCGUCGUGAAGAGGUUCGCGAAAUGGCUGUGGAAUCCGAACGCCUUCUUCAGUUUGGAGAUGAGGGACAAUCCGCCGAACUGCCUCGUCGACUCAUCUCUCGGACAGCACAAAUACGUGAAGCUCAAGGGUAUAAAAUUUCAUUACGUGGAGGCGGGGUCUAAGGAUCGGCCCCUCGUGCUGCUGCUGCACGGAUUCCCCGACUGCUGGCUGAGCUGGAGGUACCAGAUCCCGGCGCUCGCAGAGCAUUUUAGGGUCGUCGCGUUGGAUCUGAAGGGAUUCGGGGAUUCGGACAAGCCGAUCUGGAGGAGAAGCUACCGCAUAGACAUCAUCUUGGAGGAACUGAAACAGUUCAUAUUAACGCUGGGCGUGAGCAGAUGCAUAGUGAUAGGACACGACCUCGGCGGUCUGCUUGGAUGGUACCUGGUGAACCAGGAGCCGGAGCUGGUCGAUAAAUUCAUAGCUGUUGGAUGUCCGCAUCCGAACAUCUACUGGAAGAACAUAUCGUCGCACAGCUACUUCAACAAUCACUGGAUCAACUUCAUGCAGUGGCCGUAUCUGCCGGAGAUCGACGCUCUGAAGGAGGACAUCAAGCUGAUCAGCGAGUACCACAAGCAUCUGGAGGAGAACGGGAACAAGGACACGUACAUGGAGGCAUACAAGUACACGUUCUCGCGUAAAGAGGAUUGGACGGGGCCCAUAAACUAUUACAGGAAUCUGCCGUUCAUCAGGAUCAGCGAACGCAUGGAACCGGUCAAGCAGUCCACGUUCCUGAUCACCGGCAACAAGGGCCAAUACGUGAAGCUGGAGGGCGUCGUCCAGUCCACCGACUACUGCGAGAAGUUCUUCGUGAAGAUCAUGGACGGUUCCGGCCAGUUUCCGCACCAGGACAACCCGGACAUGUUCAACAGGAUCAUCCUGAAAUUCCUGCGGGUGAACGUCGAGAGGACGCAGGUGCAGAGGUCACCGUCGAAGGGCCUGAUGGACCGCAUGUUCGGCGCCGUCUCCACGACGGUGAAAUACGGCAACUCCGUCUUAGACACCGUUCAAAAGAAAACCAACAUCAACUUGGAACAUUGCAAAAUAUGAAAAAAAAA